UUUGCAACCAGGAGAGAGGAAGGGGAAAAAAAGAGUCAGCGGCGGGUCUGUAUAAAAGUGGGCGCGCUGAUGAGAUCCGUCCCUUUUCCAGAGACAAGCUAAGAAGCGCACAAGCUCCAUCAUGGUGCAGAGAGUCGCAGUGAUCGGGGCGGGCCCCUCUGGUCUGACCAGCAUAAAGGCUUGCCUGGACGAGGGCAUGCAGCCGACCUGCUUUGAAAGCAGCGACGACAUGGGGGGACUCUGGAAGUUCAAGGAAGUGUCCGAGCCCAACAGAGCCAGCAUAUAUCGCUCCCUCACCAUCAAUAUCUGGAAGGAGAUGAUGUGCUACAGCGACUUCCCCAUCCCUGCUGAUUACCCCAACUACAUGCACCACUCUAAAAUCCUGAAGUACUUCAGGAUGUACGCAGAGCACUUUAAACUGCUGCAAUGCAUUCGCUUCCAGACCUCAGUGAAGAAAGUCACGCAGAGACCAGACUUUUCUCGCACCGGCCAGUGGGAGGUGGUGACGGAGGACAAAGAUGGAUUAGAGGAGAGGCACGUCUUUGACGCAGUUAUCUGCUGCUCGGGUCAUUUCAACUACCCUAACCUGCCUCUCAAAGACUUCCCAGGAAUGGAGACGUUUGAAGGCAAAUACUUCCACAGCUGGGACUACAAGGGACCCGAGGACAUGCACGGCAAGAGAGUGGUGGUCAUCGGCAUCGGUAACUCCGGAGGGGACAUCGCCGUGGAGGGCAGCAGAGUUGCAGAGCAGGUGUACCUGAGCACCCGCAGUGGGGCCUGGGUCAUCCGUCAGGUCUCUGACAACGGCUUACCGGUCGACAGGUUCAACACGCGCUUUGUCCAUAUCAUGUUCAAGCUGCUGCCCAUGAGUUUUCUUAACUGGCUCGGGGAGAAGAAGCUCAACGCCAUGUAUGAUCACGCUGUGUACGGCCUCAAACCCAAACACAGGCUCUUCAGUCAGAUUCCAGUGAUCAACGACGACCUCCCCUUCAAGAUUUUGUCCGGGUCGGUCCUCGUCAAGCCAAACGUGAAAGAGAUCCGUGGCUCCACCGUGUUCUUCGACGACGGCAGCGCUGCGGAAAAUGUGGAUCUGAUCGUGUUCGCCACAGGGUACAACUAUGACUUCCCCUACUUGCCAAACGACGUCAUGUACAAGUCAGGGCACCGGGUGGGUCUGUACAAACAUGUCUUCCCCCCGGUCCUGGAGCACCCCACUCUGGCUAUCGUGGGCUUUAUCCAUUCCGACGGAGCCAUCAUGCCACAAGCCGAGAUGCAGGCCCGCUUUGUCACCCGUGUCUUCAGUGGACACAAGAAGCUUCCCUCAAGCCCGUCCAUGAUCAAGGCUGUUGAGAAGGACACCAAGAAUAUAGAGAAAAACUACGUCGUGUCGAGGCUGACACCUUUGCAGGUGGACUUUGUCGAGUACAUGGACGACUUGGCGAAGGAUAUCGGAGUUCGCCCAAGUCUCCUCUGGCUGUUCCUCACGGACUUCCCCCUGUUUAGCCGGGUCUUCUGGGGACCCAUCACGGCUUAUCAGUACCGACUGAUGGGACCUGGAAAAUGGGACGGGGCCCGCCGGGCAAUCUUCACCCAGUUGGAUCGCAUGUACCAGCCCCUGAGAACCCGAAAGCUGGGCCCAGAUGAGAGCUCAUGGGCGGGCUGCCUGAUCAAGUGGAGCUUGAUGAUGGUGGCUGGAGGAAGUGCCGUCUACUACGUCCAAGUUCACCAUCCAACCGUCAUCCCCACCCUGGUGUCCAAACUUCGUCCACAAACAGUCUGAAAAACUCCCUGUUUUACAACCCCUGAUGUUAACUCUUGUCAGGAAGGUUAGCGGGGGAGGGGACAAACAUCGAGCAACGCAGCAAUGUAGCACUUUUCACUGUGAUUUUACUAUGCAGCUGUUCUUAUUUCAACAUGCGUCAUCAGAUUUGGAGCCAGGAUCAGAACCCACCUUCCUGAACAAUGGAAGUAAAAGAAAAAGAGCGACACAGGAAGUCAGGGCGAAGGGAAUAAAGGCAGCAAGGUGUUCCUGCCAUAGAUUAAGGCUUUAGCCAUUGAUUAAAACUUUUCAAACAGGUUGAGGUCGAGGCCACUCCAGGUGAUAAUGUUACGCUGCUUUCUUUAUUUCUAACCCGGUUCUGCUGGGUUUUUGGGAUACUUUGUAUGCUUGGAACACUGAAUUAUGUUUAAAGCCCAACUAAACUCAGAUUAACUAAUCGGAGGUAAAGAAUUGGAGGUCGCUCUUCAUCAUAACCAUGAUGCUACCACCGCCAUGCCUGAACGCCUGUACAGUGUUCUUAGGUUUAAGAUCUUCACCUUGACUUCUCCAAGAAUUCCUCUUGUGAUAUAAAAAUUAAAUACACCUCAAUAGCUCUGCACAGUUUUUGGGUAUAGUUCUGCUCCUGCGCCAAUAACCAAAUAAUGUAACGACCAUAAAUAUUCCACCAUUACAAUACUGUGACAUGUUUCUUAUUAUCUGUUGGAUAUUACAUUUCAUUAUGUUUUAAUGUGUAAUACUACCUUGAGAUGUUUUUAGUGAACAGCAAACAUUUGUCAAAUGAGUAAAUGUUUUAAAGGAGCAUUAAAGUAACGGGUGCUGCAAAUACAACGUUU